AGAUAGGCUCUGACUGAAUUGACAGGGUCCGUUGAAUUGCCCCUAUGACGACUGGGCCAUCACCUCAAAACCAUUAACACUGAGACUGGGUGACAGGAUCAUGUAUUGAUCCGUUCAUGAUGGAUUGCCAAGAAAGAUAUAAAAGUGAAGUUCUCAGUCAGGCCAAGGUAGUGUACAUCUGAUCAUCGGAAGACAUUGUCAGCAUGCUGUCCUUAGCACUGUUCUACAUCUUAACUGUGAUUUGCUCUGCGAGACGAACACAUGCUUCACCGUUAUACCCAGACUCUAACUUGGAACCCCAGGCAGAUCUGAUACAGAAGUUGGUGGCAGAAGUAGAGGAUGGGGAACAUACUGAUCUGAAUGACCAGAUAGAAAUCAAGAAUCUGUACCCACUUCUUCUACAACGAGAUGGAGGCCAGGACGCCUGGAGUAAAGGAGCCAAAGAUUCAGUGCCACGGGAGAAAAUUGUCAAUAUGGUGGAUGACCUAAAAGAGGUUGUGUUGAAGCUUGCGGCAGCCGACAAACUCCGUUCCCAUGGCUUUCUACGGUCGGAGCAGAGCUUGCCAAAAACCAACAAGAGAACAUGCUUCUGGAAAUACUGUGUGACAAACUAAAUGACAAAGCCAAAGAAGAAGAACAUUUUCCACCUUGCCUGUACAAGAUCACCUUUGGUUCCAACCCCAUGCUUUAGUCACAUUUUAAUCUCUAAGACAAUGUGUACAUUGUUUUAUAUGUGGAAUAUAGAAUAAAUUAAUAGAAAUAUAUUUUUGCAUUCAUUUGAAAGUUUCUUGCAUUGAGUCUGACAAUAAAAUGAACUUCAUCCUCAU